UUUACACCCUCUUUUGCUGAGUGCUAGUACUUUCCUUCAAUACCACUUACCUACACUACAGCAAAAAAUAAAAUAAAAUUUGUAGUUUAGUGUAUAGACAUACACGCAAAAAGUAGUAUUUUAGUUGGACGGUCCAAUUUUUUCCUAUCUAUAACUACCCUUCUGCUUGGUUAACUCACUUCCAUUUUCUGCAACCUCUCCUGUUCAAAGCUAUACCAAAUAGCAAUAGAUUUGAAGAAGAAAAACAAAUUCUAGCUUUUAGAUUACCUACAAGAAGAUGAUGUUUCCUAAUAAUCAAGAACUUGAUGAGUCAUCUUCUCAGCUAAGGAAAUCAGGAGGUAGAGGAAAGAUUGAAAUUAAGAGGAUCGAGAAUACAACGAAUCGACAAGUUACGUUCUGCAAACGUAGAAAUGGGCUACUGAAAAAAGCUUAUGAGCUUUCUGUGCUAUGUGAUGCUGAAGUUGCUCUUAUUGUAUUUUCCAGCCGUGGUCGCCUCUAUGAAUAUGCUAAUAACAGUGUUAGGGAAACUAUUGAUAGGUACAAGAAACACCAUGCUGAUUCCACAAAUACAGGAUCUGUUUCUGAAGCUAACACUCAGUACUACCAGCAAGAAGCAUCCAAAUUGCGACGGCAAAUCCGAGAUAUACAGACUUAUAACAGGCAAAUAGUUGGAGAGGCUCUGAGCAGUUUAAGCCCGAGGGACCUCAAGAAUCUGGAAGGGAAACUUGAAAAGGCCAUUGGUAGAGUUCGUUCCAAAAAGAAUGAAUUGCUCUUCUCAGAAAUAGAGCUCAUGCAAAAGAGGGAGAUUGAGCUGCAGAACGCCAACAUGUAUCUACGAGCAAAGAUAACAGAGGUAGAGAGAGCACAACAGCAAAUGAACUUGAUGCCUGGAGGAUCUGAUCAAUACCAUCAUCAGCAUCAGGCGCCUCAGCCAAAUUAUGAAGAUGCUCGCAACUUCCUGCCUGUAAAUUUGCUGGAACCUAAUCCCCAUUACUCUCGCCCCAACGACGACCAAACUCCUCUCCAGCUUGUCUGAUAAUCUUGGAGGGCUCUACUAUAUCAGGUUUUCUGAAUUUGCGUCAAGGGUCUUCCUCCAUCUCUGGAAAUGUGUACUCUAGUUUUAACCUAUAUAUAGUGUUGUAAAUCAUGAUCAGAAUUUAUUACCGCUGCUAUAUUAACUGUUUUUUUUUUUCAAGCAAUAUUCAGUCAUCUGUUAAGUAAUGAAAUCAUGUUCCAUAUUAUGUUGCCUUAUAUACUCUUACAGGCUUCUAUAUAAUAAUGCUAUUGAACUA